AUAUAGCAGAAUUGUUGAGAGAGUAAAGAAGUACUGUGAAUCGUGUAGGUGGGAGAGAGAAGCGAAAGUAUCAGAAACUCCGACCAAACGAGACGAGGAAAGAAUGGAGCCCAAAAGGACAAGGUUGAAUCCCUUUUACUCAUCACCUAUAUCUGAAUCAUACAUUUUGUUUCUGAGGGCUCAUCUGUAAGAAAGAUCUUGGCAAUAAACAAUUUAAUCUGGUGCUUUACAGUCCUGCUUCUCCAAUGGUGGACUCAAAGCGAAGAAGUUCAACCAGUUUCAAUGGUCAAGUGGGAAAGGGAGUUGUUGAUUUGCCGCUGGAGAUAAUCUCCGAUAUCCUGACUAGACUUCCAAUAGAAUCGAUCCUGGCAUGCAAACUUGUCUGUAAGAACUGGUAUGACUUGACUCGAGAUCCUGCUUUUGUCCACUUGCAACUUAGCAGAUCACCAACCCGAUUCGUUAUUGAUCCAGCGCUUUCAAGAGUUGCUAAUGAUUUCUAUCUACUUCUAUUGGAUGCUGAGGAGCCCAAAGUUAAACGGUUUCCCAUUGAGAGAAAGGUGUUGAAAGGUGCUCGAAUUGUGUGUUCUUGCAAUGGCUUGCUCUUGAUAACCCCAGAUCUCAAGCUAAAUCCUGUGGUUAUCUAUAAUCCUAUUACAAGACAGCGCAUGAUUUUGCCAUCGUUGUUGGAUUGUAAAGGAAAGUUAAGAAGUCAUCAGGCUGGUUUAGGAUUUGAUCUCUCAACUGGAAGGUACAAAGUUGUCCAAGAAUAUAGAAAAAUUAGAAGUGAAUCCAACAGGUUUGUGAUUCUCUCACUUGGAGAAAAUUCAUGGAGAGAAUUAAGUGCUCCUCCCGGUCUACUUGAUUGGGACUGGGAUGGAUGGGAGUCACUGUUCUGGAAUGGGGCACUGUACUGGAAAAUGGUGAAGACAGAUUUACAAGGUAAUUGUAACAUCGGCAUCCUUGGAUUCGAUUUAAGUGACGAGAAGUUUCAGAUCAUCUCUUUUCCAAAGAAUUUUACGAGUCCUGGGCCUGCUUUUGACUUGCUGGAUUUGGAUGGACGUUUAACUUUAGUAGAACAUGAAUAUGAUACUAAUAUGAUGAAACUAUGGAGGUUAGUAGGGAAUAAGAUUGGAGAUUUCUCUUUCUGCCUUCAACAGACAUUUGAUACCCAUGUGAGGUGGAAUGAUGACUUGUUCUGUGAAGUGAUUAGUGGGUUGAAUCAAAAUGGUUACUUGCUAUAUGUGGUGUUUAAGAAUGAUGAAUCCAAAAGGUCACAUGUCACUAAAUUUUUUCCUCAGAUGGCACAAUACAAACAGUUGGACUUGCCGCUCAUUCCUGACUGGUUCUGGAUUUGUCGUUUUAAACCCAGCCUUAUAUGUCCAGUCGCAGCUUCACUUCUUUCCUAGAAGUAGGGCUUUAUUAGUGACCAGGCAACUUCUCUCUUAGAAAUUGUGUAUAAAUAUAUGCAUGUAUCCAAUGUGGCUUGAAUCCUCUUCCUCCCUUUUGGGGAGGUGAAAGACAUAUUACUGGUGGUUACUUGUGGUUAGAAAUUGAACAUGUUGUUUGAACUA